AUGUCCCACCCACCAACUAUUAUUCGAAAAACUCACCCCCUUCUAUCACUCGGCAAUAAUAUACUAGUAGAUCUUCCUUCUCCUGCUAAUAUCUCAGCCUGAUGAAAUUUUGGCUCACUCUUAAGCUUAUGUUUAAUCUUACAAAUUGUUACAGGAUUAAUUCUUGCUAUACAUUAUACUGCUAACACUGAACUAGCUUUCUCUUCAGUUAUACAUAUUUGUCGUGAUGUUAAUAACGGAUGACUUAUACGAAAUCUUCACGCCAACGGGGCCUCUAUAUUCUUCAUUUGCAUUUAUGCUCACAUCGGGCGAGGAAUCUACUACGGCUCCUAUUUAUAUAAAGAAACAUGAAACGUCGGAGUCAUUUUAUUCGCAUUAACUGCAGCUACUGCCUUCGUUGGUUAUGUACUCCCAUGAGGACAAAUGUCCUUCUGAGGAGCAACCGUUAUUACAAAUUUAAUUUCAGCAAUACCUUAUGUAGGGGAUGAUAUUGUAGUGUGAUUAUGAGGCGGUUUCUCAGUAUCAAACGCUACUUUAACCCGAUUCUUCACAUUCCAUUUUAUUCUACCAUUUAUUCUAGCCGCAAUAACUAUAAUCCAUAUUAUGUUCCUUCAUCAAACAGGGUCUAGUAACCCCCUAGGAAUCAACUCUAAUUUAGAUAAGAUUCAAUUUCACCCAUACUUUUCUUUUAAAGAUAUUUUAGGUUUUGUUAUCCUACUAGGAAUUCUUUUUAUAAUUUCUCUUUUAGCCCCUAAUGCACUAGGUGAACCAGAUAAUUUUAUCUACGCCAACCCUCUUAGCACCCCACCCCAUAUUAAGCCAGAGUGAUAUUUCCUAUUUGCCUACGCAAUUCUACGCUCCAUUCCUAAUAAAUUAGGAGGAGUUGUAGCUUUACGAGCAGCCAUUAUAAUUCUCCUGAUUAUCCCCUUUACCCAUACUUCUAAACAACGGGGCCUUCAAUUUCGUCCGUUUGCCCAAAUGACAUUUUGAAUUCUAAUUGCUGACCUAGCACUACUCACUUGACUGGGAGGAGAGCCAGCUGAAUACCCAUUUAUUCUAAUAACACAGAUUGCAUCAACAGUAUACUUUAUAAUUUUUAUUUUAAUCUUCCCAAUUCUAGGUCGGUUAGAAGACCGACUAAUCCUAAUAGCAAAACACGUAGGCAAAUUCAACCGAAAUUUAAUGUAUAGA